AUGGGCGAAAAACGGCGACGAGACGACCCAGACGCUGCGCGUGCGGCGAAAAAGCCCAAGAAGGGCUUCCGCGUAGGCCCCGACAACCUGCCAGACGGUCCUUGGAAACGAAAAGUCGAUCGUGUCAAGAAGGAGCUCAUCUACAAAGCCAAGACGAAAAAGGCCUACUCCAAGAUUCGCGAGCGAGAGCUCGGCGCCGCCCUCCCACGCUCCAAGAAGCCAGCCCCGCCUCCCCAGCGCGAAACCAAAGCACGUCGCAGCGAUAACCAACAAGACGACGACGACGACGACGACGAGCAAGACUCCUCCGCAGAGGGCGCUCGGAAGAAGAAGAAGAAGAAGAAGAAGAAGCCACCGACUCCGCCCGCCCCACCACCAAAUCCAAAUCCAAACCCUCCGCCGGCGCCGACCCCCGCCGACACCGACCCCUCCGAACACCCCGACCGCCUCGCCCGCCGCCGAAAACCCUCCUACUUCGACAAACAGCUCCGCGAAGCCGAGCGCCGCCGCGCCGCCUCCGCCCAACGCCUCGCCGCCGUCGAACAGCGCCGCGCCGACCGCGACCGCGCCCUCGUCGCCCGCAAACGCAUGCGCUCCCUCGCCCUGCACGCCCGCGAGCGCGGUCCCAACGGCCAGCGGAAACUCGGUAGGGAGAGCGAGCUCCUCCUCGAAAAGGUCAAGAGGAUGAUGGGGCGGGAGGCGGACGGGAAGCGCUAA